AUGCCUGGCCGUCGCUCCGGUCGCGCUGCCGCUAAGCGUGCUGCGGAAAAGCUCGAGAGCACGCCCCGCACCUUUGAAGACCUGGAGGAUGAGCCCAUGCCCGAUAUCGACGCAGACAACUCUGACGCUGAAGCCCAACCCGAUGCCGAGGAUCAGGAUGGAGGCUCUGACGGCGAGGCCGAGCAGGAGAAGGAGGACGAACCAGAAUCCGACGGCGCUUCAGCCAAGUCGCCAUCACCCCCGCCACAGCCCGUCAUUAGAAGACGACGGCUAGGACGCCCACCCAAAAAUCGACCUCCCGACUGGGAUACUCUCCCAAUCGAACCUCCAAACCGCGAUCCCAAUGAAACUCCCAGAAGACGAGGUCGCGGAGGAUGGCGCGGUCGAGGUGGCCGCAAGGGUCAGUCCUUUAAGCCAACUCAACAAGCAAUCGACAAUGAGGGAACCAUGGCCGACAUUGUAGGCGACGAGCUCGAGUUGCCCGAGGAUCCCGACGGUGAGACCAAGGUCGACAAGCUGGGUAACCUCAAGGAUGGUAGAGAUUACCGAUGUCGUACCUUUACCGUCGCAGGACGUGGUGAUCGGCUUUACAUGUUGUCAACAGAGCCGGCUCGAUGUGUUGGUUUCAGAGAUUCGUAUCUCUUCUUCACCAAGCACAAGCGCCUGUACAAGAUCAUUGUUGAUGACGACGAGAAGCGCGACAUGAUUGAGCGAGAAAUCAUUCCACAUUCAUACAAGGGCCGUUCGAUAGGUAUCGUUACAGCCCGCUCAGUCUUCCGCGAGUUUGGCGCCCUCAUCAUCGUGGGCGGACGCCGCAUCAUCGACGAUUACGAAGUGGCAGCGCGUCGAGCUGAGGGCGUAGUUGAGGGCGAGAUUGCUGAUCCCAACGACCGCUUCAUCGAGGGAGAGGUAUACAACAAGAACCAAUACGUCGCUUGGCACGGUGCCAGUGCCGUGUACCACACGAAUGGUCCUUCGAUACCGGUCGUCAACGGCAAGGUGGAAAUCAAGAAGAAGCGAGUACCACUCACGGACACAAACUGGCAGCUAGAACAUGCUCGUGCUGCAGCUCAAUUCAAUGCUGAGAUUGGUGCCAUUCGCCGCCAUAACAAUAAUGGAGUUUACGAUGUUCAUACCAAUGUUCUGCAGUAUCCUGUCAGCAUGCAGCCUACGCAUGCACGUAUCGAACAGGUUGCCGAUUCAUCUGCUCCGAGCGACAGCAAGCUCUUUGCACCUCUCAACCCAGUCAUACCUCGCAAUUUCAAGGUCAUUGACACAAUCAUGGAGACACCUCCUGCAAGCCUCCCCAAUUCGGCGUACAAGCAGAAUUACAACGUUCCUGAUUUCCUGGCUUCUUUCCAAGGCCUCGACUCGGUAUCUGACGAAAUCGCGGACCUACUCCCGCCCGAGUGCCGCAAGGCCUUUGACGAUGCACGAGUUAAAGAAAACGAUUGGAAGAGUAAAUGGGGACCGGAGGCUGAGAUGGCGCAUCGACGACUUCCCGUUAUCGAUGCUGCCAUAGUGCCGUAUAGCAAAAUGUAG